CACCUGAUAGGUUGUCAAACUACAAAACCUGAAGAACACUAAAAGAAUAGCCUAAUUUCAAUGUAAGUUUGCAAAAGAGAAUGAAUCCUUCAAUACUUGGAAAUUUUUAUUUGCAAACUAAUUUUGGGAGUAUUCUUGGUGGAUCUCUACAGAGUUUUUCUCAAUAUAUGACAACCUGCAAUCCUUGUAAAGGCAUCGCUACAUGUAUACGUUAUGGUGAGAAAACAGUGUUUCCGUUCGCUGAUGACUUGGGUGAGCUAGUUCUGCACCGAUGCCGUUCGGACAAAGUUGAAGACAAGAAAUACAAUGGCAAAAAAGAUUUCAGAAGGUGCAAAGGUGGCUUGAAUAUCAGACAUGCCAUGCUCAGAGCGCACAUGACUGCUAAUUCCGCUGUUUUUAAUCUAAGUAAGUCGACUCCUCUUGUACUGAUGACUAUAGAGGACCCAAACUACCAACCUAUUAUGGAAGAAUUAUGCUCUACUGAAAGAUACAUCGAUGCAGAGAUAGUACAUAGAAAAAUGGUUGCAGAUAGGUUACUGAAUGGACUUUCAUCUUUUCACAAAUUUUUUCAAUUAAAAACAAAGAUUAAACCUAUCUUCUUAAAGAAUGGAAAACAACAAUUAGGAAUAGAAUACCUGAAAUAUUCUAACAAGAGAAAUAAAUUCCAAGCAGAGAAUUCAAAAUUGGUUGCGUAUCGAAUUUCCAGAACAAAAAAACUUAUUGGAAGAGAUUUCAGUCCACUUUCAUGCAAAUGGAAUAAGUACAGCACAAUGCUUGUAACAAAAUCAACAAAAGUCACUAAUAAUUCAUUGGGAAAUGCUUUGAUUUUAUGUGAUAAAGGAACUGUUUUAAAUAAGUCUUUGAAAUCAAUGUUGUUAAACAGGGUCUUGAAAAAGAAUAAUAAUUGUUAGUUAAACAUUGAUAAAGAAUGAAUCAAAUUUUUUUAAGGUUGGAAGUUGCAUGCGAUUCACUGAUAAAAAAUUAUCUGUAAUUAUUUAAUUAUUAAUUAUUAUACUUUUAAAAACUUUGAGAGACAACUUAAUCCAGCAGUGAAAUAUUGUUGAAUUCCAGACUUCCAUGCUUUUUUGAUAUCUUCACAAAUAUAAACAUCAAUUAUUAAUUAAUCACAUUAUAUGACAAAACUUUUAAAAUAUUUUUUAUUUCUCUCAAUAAAUUCUACUGGUUAAAUCCUUAAAUAGCUCCUUUUGUAAAGAAUUUCCCAGCUGCCAAAAUUUUUUGUUUCGAUUUUCAGUCUUAAACAGUUUUUUAUGUAUACUUUCGUUAAAAUACAGCGCUUUUAUUGAAAAUUUAAAACUAACGUUUAUAUUUCUAAUUCAUAAAUUGUAAUUUUAACUUUUAAUACAGAAAAAAAUAUAUUGUUUGAUGCAGUUUUAUCAUUUUUAUUCUAUUGCAUUUAUAAUUUAAUAAACUUUCAACACACAAAAAAUUAUAAAGUAUUUUUUAUUUUUAUUGAAAUUAAAAGUAGUGGCAGAAAACAUUAAUGAAACACUUUAUAUUGCGAACUCUGUUAAACAAUUUUUCAAGAAUUUAUAAACAUUUGCGUAAAUGUGUAAAAAUAAAAGUUUAAUGUCAUUUUGAUCAUUCAAAAAUGUGAUUUUGAAUUUAAUUGAAUCUUAAUUUUUAUUUAAUUUGAGUGUGAUUCAGAUUUAAUUUAGUGUAACUACAUGUAUAUCUUAAGCGUUUUUUAAUAUGAUUUAUUUUAUAUUUGCGCACCGUUAAUGUGAUAAUUGCUAUGAAGUAAACAAACUAAACACUGGAAAAUAUUAACUAUUGUGGAAUAAACUAUUAUUUAGACUUUUCAUGUGAGAGUAUUAAGUGAAAUAAAUCAUUUUGGAAUUUUGAAUUUGUUUAUAAUUCUGUGUUUAAAAUUGUACUUUAUGACGUAUUAAUUUAUUUUACGUUAUUUCUCGAUGAAUAUCAAAUGUAAUAUAUUCUUUGUUAACUUGAAAAUGCAGUGUAAAGUAGAAAAUAUGCAUUAAAGUUAAAGAAAACAUUUUGUAAUUUGAACAUCGAGAAAUAAAAUAAAAUUUAUUAUACAUUUAUGUGUUAUAUCAUUGUAAAUUGAUAAAAAGAAGAGCUUAUUUUUUUCAUUAAUUAAUUUGAGCUUAUUUUAAAUGGAUGCAGUUUUGUACGAGGGAAUAGUUGCGGUGAUAGUAUCAUAUUGUAUCAUUAUAAAAAUUUAGAUUUUCAUAUAUAUAUAUAUAUAUAUCUGCAUAGAGUUUUGAAUUUUAAUUGCAUCAGAAAAAAAACAUUUAUAUCAUCUCACAAUCUCAAAAAUGAUUUUAAAAUUUAUGUAAGAUUAGAUGAUUAUUUCUAAAGAUUGGAAGAAGAUAAACCAAUUUAUUUUGUAUAAAGUAUCUCAAAUCUCAUGUUAUGUAUGAAAAAAAUUAUUUCAAUUUAUCACCUCAUAUCAGAUGAAAGUAUCAUGUUCAUGUCUUCAUUAUCAAAAACUGAUGAUAUGUAGAAACAAUAAGUGCAAAUAGUGUUUUGUUAUCUAGGCUUCUUUUAAGAUGCAUUGUGUGCUUGACGGUAUAUUAGAAAGUAAGUAAUAAAUGAAUUUUGUAGUAGAAUUUAGUGUGA